AUGUAUCGGAAGUUGUCUAAGUUAGAACACUCGGAAAUAAAACAACUUCUUACAGAAGCUAAUAUAGAUGUUGCAAAGCAUUACGCAACAAACAAAAAAGCACUCGCUGACAUCCUCAAUGACUAUAAUGGUGCAAUAAGUUAUGAUAGAAUUCAUGAGUUCAUAAAGCCGCAACACGGCGAGGACGAAGUCCAUGCAAUAGCAUUUCCUUUAAAUGACGUUGCUAUUGACUUAUAUCAUAGACGUUCAGUACCUCAUGAAGUAAGAAGAGAGAUGUUUGACAUAACAAAUGCAAACGUUGGUGAAACAAGAAGAAGAGACGACACACUGAAACAACAGAGAAGAGAGAUGUUUAAAAGUGCUAUAGAACAAGUUCGCAAAGCUAACGAUGUCAUUCGUUCCAUUGACGACAAACCAAAAGAAGGUGAGAGAUGGUUAAAGAAAGAUGAAGAGAAUAGGAAGAGGAAUGUGAAGUCAGGCAAUAGACUCAUUGACUUUAACAUCGAAGCUUUAGAUGAACCAAACAGAGACUACUUACACAAACAUUUCGGUAAGGUUUUCAUGAGACUCUUAGAGAAGAUUAAAAUAAACUCCCAACAAAGAUGGAUGGUAUGUUAUAAACUUGGUGGAAA